CUCUUCACUUUGCCAGCUUCAUUACACAGUGAAAACAGAAUGUCAGCACAGAAACGCCCUCAUGAGCAACCCCAAGAUGAAGCUGAAUCAGAGCAAAACGGUUCCUUGAGCAACCUGGACAAAGACAAGGAGUACGUGGUUAUGGAUUUGUCAAUUUUGAAGUGUGGUAUCUGCCGAGGAUUCAUUCAGAACACAAUGACGCUGAUGGAAUGCUUUCAUAAGUUUUGCAAAGAAUGCAUUGAGAAAUCCAUGCGCCUUGGAGUCAAUAAGUGUCCUGUUUGUGAUGUUCAUGUUGAUAGUCAAUUGUCACUGAAAGAAGAUUCACAAUACGAUGCUUUAGUUACUGCCAUAGUGCCACAUGUUGUGAAGUACAAGAAAAAGGGGGAAGUGGCUUUGCGUGUGCCUAGGAGGACAAAUGAUCAAGAGGCAAGUUUUCAACAGAGUUACGCCAGUGUUAGUGGCGAGAAGGCUAGGAGUAAUCGUCUCGCCAAGCUUGUUGAUCAUCUACGUAAAUCUGAUGAGAACGUUGACGAGAUGGAGAUUCACCUUGUGCUUAUCUCUUUGGAUGAGCAAAGGAUACCGAGUUUGCAGGAACCGUAUCUUUUAUGCAGGCCUACUUGCUCAGUGAAGACACUGUGCAAGUAUGUUGAAAUCAAAGCUGAGCUGCAGGCGGAUCAAGUUGAAUUAUUCUUGAUAGAAGAAUCAGAAGCCAAUGUUGUAACUGGUAACAUAACCAUUGAUCCAGACAAGGACAAAUUGCGUGUUCUGCAAGAUGAAGAAACUUUGGCUCAACUCUACACUCCGAAUGUCACCAACUGUGGUCAUCUGCUCCUAGCUUAUAAGAUGAAGUAGCGGAAUUCGCAUGCUUGGGUUUAGCAGACGAUGAAACAAACCCUUGAAUGUCUGGUUGUUUUUUUCCUUUUAAUAAUUUUUUCUCAUGUUGGAGAAAAAGGUUCUCAACAUUUUCGGUUAGUCAGAACCGUGGAUAUGUGGAGACCUUAUAGUGUACCGA